GUGAUGUCAUACUGUAUUGUGAGGUGGCGUCUUGAACGGGAAACGGUGGAGCUCUCGUCUCAAAUUCAGCGAGGGCUGGGUUGUGCAGGGGUUGCCAGGACUUGAAAAUUCUCCAGGCCGAGCCCGAAUGCCGAUGCAAGGCUGUGAGAGGAGAUAGAUGGGCUUUUUUUCAUUUUCAAAGGCCGACGUCCGUCCUGCAAGCCUGUAGAAUCCAUUGCUAUUUCUAGGGAUUACAGUAGGAUUGCCAUGUGAUAUUACGAGAUUCGAAGUAGUGUGAGCAAAAACUAAAGCUGAGAGCAAUCUAGGAGCUUGGAUAUUGAUACACAAAAUGCGCAUAGCAAUUUCAAGAGGGCGCAGAAUAAUGUAAGGCUAUUAUCACUCACAUAAUUCAGAUCAGGGACGAAAGAGAACUGACAGCACAGGUAUCGUCCAUGGUUACAUUGUUCUCGUCUCUCUAAUCUAUCCAAGUGCAUUGUCGUUAUGCAUGCCACUCCUUCACAUUCAGUAUGGUCCUUAUCCACAUAUAUCGCCCAUUACUCCAUUCCCUCCCCCUUUCCACCCGUCUUCUCCUCAUUCUCGUCCCCAUGUCCUUGCAUGCCCAAUGAGAGCUCCUCAAAGUCCCGACAAAACAGGUCACCCAAAACCAUCCUCCUAAGGUCCCCACAAGCAAAAAGCCCCUCCAAAAGGUUCUCACCCAUCCUCGCCUUCCUAUUCAUCCCACCAACCCGCUCCCUCAACUUCCUCGACCGUUGCAAGAUCUUUCUAAAGCGCUCCAUUUCCUUAUCGUCCAUUUCCAAGGUCUUCAGAGCAACCUUCAGACUUUCCCGCAAGAGCUUAUCAAACUCGACGAGUCGAGGUAGGAGAUGGUCGAUGCUUUGGCGGGACGAGAGGAGUUGCUCGACUGUAUUGAUUUGGUCUUGCAAGAAAUUGGCUGCUUGGAUGAGAUUGGCUAUUAAUUGGUCUUCGUCUGUUGUUUCGGGUGGGCUUUGGGUCGUCUCGUCUGCCGGAGUAGUCAUUAUGAAACUACACAAAGGAUUAAUAAAUGAUAAUGAUGUGCUUUUGACUGGAGUCUUCCCCCUGGUUGGUUUACUUUCGUCCGUUCAAUGGACUUGAAUGACAGCAGUAAGAACCUCUGAUGAAAGCAACUCAUGGCAGGAGAUAUUCAAAGAGACGAUAGAGAAGGGGAACGAGACA